AGCGACCGCGCGCCCGCCCCGCCCUAGCCUUGUCGGGGCCCGGCCGGGGGAGGGGUCGCGGCGGCGGCGUCAGUGGCGGCGCCCGGGCGGUGGGAGCCCAGGCGCCGGAGCAAGAUGGCGGCGCGAGUGCUGGGGGCCCACGGAGCGGCCUGGGCCGGGGGCCUCCUGCGGCAGACCACCCCCUGCAGCCUCCUGCCCGGGUUCCGGAGAGUGACAUCUUCCAAUAACAGACCUCGAGAAGACAGCUGGUUAAAGUCCUUAUUUGUCCGGAAAGUUGAUCCAAGAAAAGAUGCCCAUUCUAAUCUCCUAGCCAAAAAGGAAACAAGCAGUCUAUACAAAUUGCAGUUUCACAAUGUUAAACCGGAAUGCCUAGAAGCAUACAACAAAAUUUGUCAAGAGGUGUUGCCAAAGAUUCAUGAAGAUAAACAUUACCCUUGUACUUUGGUGGGGACUUGGAACACGUGGUAUGGCGAGCAGGACCAAGCUGUCCACCUGUGGAGGUAUGAAGGAGGCUAUCCCGCCCUCACAGAAGUCAUGAAUAAACUCAGAGGAAAUCAGGAAUUUGUGGAAUUCCGUAAGGCAAGAAGCAACAUGCUUCUCUCUAGGAAGAAUCAGCUGCUGUUGGAGUUCAGUUUCUGGAAUGAGCCUGUCCCACGGUCAGGGCCUCAUAUAUAUGAACUCAGGUCCUAUCAACUCCGACCAGGAACCAUGAUUGAAUGGGGCAAUUACUGGGCUCGUGCAAUUCGCUUCAGACAGGACAGUAAUGAAGCGGUUGGAGGAUUCUUCUCUCAGAUUGGGCAGCUCUAUAUGGUGCAUCAUCUUUGGGCUUACAAGGAUCUUCAGACCAGGGAAGAUAUACGGAAUGCAGCAUGGCAUAAACAUGGCUGGGAAGAACUGGUGUAUUACACAGUCCCACUUAUUCAGGAAAUGGAAUCCAGGAUCAUGAUCCCACUGAAGACCUCACCCCUCCAGUAAAGCUAUAGAAUCUCUAUGUGCCUACAUACAUUUAUGUGACAAGUAUUUGUCAUAAAUUAAUUUUAAUUGUAUAUCAAGUGAAAAAGAAAGACUGAGGUGUAAACUGCUGUACAUAGCUUAUGAGAGACCUCUUUUCUUUAAAAUUUACAUGAUCAUAAGAAAGGAACGAUUACGGUUUGACCGAUUGUAACAGUGCUCUGUAGUCCUCUUUGAAACAUCUCUGUUUGUUGAAUGUACCUUAUAAUACUCAGCUACUCUUCCCCCUCCUCCAGAAGAGAUCCAGAUUAAAAUCUGAAUCACUUCUAGAUAAGAUUCCAACCAUGAAGAAAAAUUAGCUAUUUCUUUAUAAAAAAGCAAAAUCUGUUUUAUAAUUACAGGUUUUUAGACAAAUUUCUUGUAUCAGGAAGGAAUACAAAUUUUGUUACGUUUCUCUAGCAGUUUUCUGAGUUUCAAACUAAGAACAAAUUAUGAGUGUACCUAAUACCUGAAAAUGUUUUAAUUCACUCUCAUUUUUAAUCAGUCCCAGCCUAGUAAACAGUGUGUCAUUACCAAGCUGAUAGUGGUGGGCAAACUACAUUUAAUCAGUCUUCACAUGGUGUAUUGUUACGUCUCUAUGUGAGAGAGAAAAAAUGGCUUGAACCUAUGUAUCAUAUUUGAUUUUGAAAUGAACACCUUGAAUAGCACUAAUUUUUAUUUGUAAUAUUUUUCUAUAACAAAACAAGUAGCACUAGAAAAAGAGGUUUUAUUUUAUAAACAAUCAUUUGUGACCUCAGACAUUCUCUGGUGAAUAUUUUAGUAAGCUCACAGCAGAUUCUUUCAGGGUCAUGUAUGAAGGGUGGUGCAUGUUGAGAUUUAAAUUGGCAUUAAGCUGCAUACUUUGUCUAGCUCUGUUUGACUUAGUUUUUUAAUAUAGUGUGCCAAUUUUGUGACUGUAAUCAUGUGAAAGUCUUGUUGAAAUGAAAAAUUAUGUCUGCUCUACAAAUUUAUGUGUAAAAUAAAGUGUGAAUAAAUCUUCUAUCAACUGUCAGGCUUUUACAUGUGAAUGGUUUUCUCCAAAAGCAUAUAAAAGUCAAUAAAAUCCUCUUAAUUUUCACA